AUGCUAGGCUCUAUACCCGCAACUCAUGUUUCCAAAAAGCGGAAGAAAACCGGCAAGGAUUCAACUCAGGUCUCAAGCAAGCGGAGAGCCACCGGCAAUGGUCAGGAUGCGGAGAAGCAAAGGAUUCAGCAAUUGGAAACUCAGAUAUCAGAAUCGCGCAAAUAUUACAAUAACAUCGUGACCCUGUUGUCAAUGCUCAAUGCCGAACGUCCAAAUCUUGCCGUUGCAGUAUCUCUUUGUAGGGUGUUUUGUCGGCUUAUCGCUGGGGGACAUCUGCAACAGGCAAAAGGUGCAAGUGAGCAGGACGCGAUCCUAGUCGCUUGGUUGCGAGAGAGGCACCGAGAAUACAAAACCGCACUGAUAAUGAUUCUCAGGAAUUCAGAUUCAUCUUAUCAGGCCACAGCCCUGCCUCUGUGCAUGCGACUCAUAAAAGAACAGUCACCCCAUCGUAUCAAAGGAAAAUCCCAUGCGUGGGAUGAUGAGUAUUUCAAUGAUGUUAUCUCUGCCCUCGUAGAGGCCAACGACGGUGACCGAGUCAGAGCGGAGUUCUCCAGCAAAUUCUUAAGAGAGUACCACGAUGUGGCUGUUUAUACUGUGCUUGGUCUGAUGAAAUAUCUAUCAUCGAAACCGGCCACAAUUCACCUAUCCAACGUCGUCUAUCUGCUCUCACAGCUCGGAACCCCGCCUCCCGGAGAUCAUAACUUUGAGACUUUUUACACCGAUAUGUCUCAAGUGGGCGAAAAGCUCAAGGGACCAUUGGCAUCAGUAAACUCGUAUAAGCAACGAGUUCAAGCUGCUUGGUUGCUCGUUCUCUCGCGUGAUCUCCCAAGACCCCUCCGGAAGAAGUUGCUGCAAACCAUGGCCCAUGAGAUUGCUCCAUGGUUUUUGAAGCCAGAGUUCCUCAUGGAUUUCCUUACCGACUCCUUUGACCAGGGCGGCUCAGUCUCGCUUUUAGCCCUUUCCGGCCUAUUCUACCUGAUACAACACAAGAAUCUGGACUAUCCACAAUUUUACCUCAAAUUAUAUUCCCUCCUCGACGCUGAUCUUCUACAUUCCAAACAUCGAUCGCGAUUUUUCCGACUCCUCGACACGUUCCUAGCCUCGACUCACCUUCCAGCCACGCUAGUCGCAAGCUUCAUAAAGCGACUCUCUCGACUAGCGCUGAACGCCCCUCCCGCGGCUAUUGUGGCCAUUGUGCCCUGGAUCUAUAACCUCCUCAAAUCUCACCCAACAUGCACGUUUAUGAUCCAUCGCGCUGUUCGGGAUGACUCCUUAAAGGCUGCAAUUGACACGGAGGGGAUGGACGAUCCCUUUGACGCCCUUGAACCAGAUCCCACACUGACGAAUGCUAUCGAAAGUAGUCUCUGGGAGAUUGAAAUGCUUCAGUCGCACUAUCAUCCGAACGUAGCGGCUCUGGCAAAGAUCAUCUCCGAACAGUUCACGAAACAAGCAUAUAACCUGGAAGACUUUUUGGACCAUUCGUACCAGGCGCUGUUGGAUGCAGAAUUAGGCGAGGUGGAAAAGAGGUUCAAGAAAUCGCCUGUAGUAGAGUUUCAGAUCCCAAAAAGAAUAUUUACGAACCGACUACUUGAGGAGAAUGAUGGAAAAGACAAUGAGGUCGGGAAUCUCCUUCGGCAGCUUUGGGCUUUCAAAUGA